AUGCCAUCCGAAUCCCCAAGCUCAUCAUACUCGUGCAGUAUAGAAACUCUGAGAACUCAAAUGCCAAGUAUAUCAGAAAUAGAAGAGUUUGACAUUGGAGAACUGUCAAAGAACAAACGUAAACCUUUAAAUGCCUUCAUGAUUUAUAGGAAUGAGUUUAGGAAACGUGCUCUUGCUAAUGGCAUGAAAAAAAAGAUGUCAGAACUCUCAAAAAUGGCCGGUGAAUCCUGGCGAACCGAGCCGACAAAGGUUAAAGCCGCCUAUACGAGAGUUUCAAGACAAAUCGAUAAAAUUUUCCAAAGAAGGAGAGAAGAGCAAAAAAUAUUCAAAAUCGUCUAUGACCCCAAAAUGGGGGUUCCACAGGAACAAGAACACGACGUAGCUCCUCAUCAAUCUAUACCGGCUGACGAUUAUAUGUACUCACUGAACGUUGACGCAAUACCGAUACCAUAUUUUUGUUCAGAUGACAUUAUUUGGUAA